AUGACCAGAACUGCGGAAGCUGUGGCAAGGUAUGCAACAGUCCACAAACCUGCCAGACUCAGAGCGGGACAUGCGGGUGUCCAUCCGGAAAGACUUUCUGCCCUGGAGCCGGCACAAGUCCUGGGACUUGCACAAACACCAGCACCGAUAACAACAACUGUGGUGGUUGUGGAACAACUUGUACUGGCGGACAAACUUGUCAGAGCGGGAAAUGCGCGAGCCCAUGCCAAUCCGGACAGACUCUCUGUCCCAGUACCGGCACAAACCCCUGGAUCUGCACAAACACUAAUACCGACAAUAACAACUGUGGAAGCUGUGGCAAGACAUGCACUAGUCCAGCAACCUGUCAGAGCGGGACAUGCACGAGCCCAUGCCAAUCCGGACAGACGCUCUGUUCCGGGAACUGCACAAACACCGGGACCGACAACAGCAACUGCGGUAGUUGCGGAACAGCCUGUGCCGGUGGACAAACCUGUCAAAGCGGGAAAUGCGCGUGCCCAUCCGGCCAGACUCUCUGCUCUGGAACCUGCACAAACACUGCAACUGACAACAACAACUGCGGUGGUUGCGGAACAGCCUGUACCAAUGGACAGACCUGCGGCGGCGGGAAAUGCGCAUUACCUCGGCUCCUGCGACUCAGGCUGUGUGAACGAGUGUGUUCGCGCGUACGCGUGUAGGAACUGCUGUCAGAUCCAUCCCUCUUUUCAAUACGGUCUAUUGAGAUUCAUGCCAUCAGCUUCUGGCCCGUGUCGGAUGUACGUGGAAAAGGAGUCACUCCUGGAAUUCGGCGACAAACCACUCGAGCGAUCCAACUCCGAGCUCGUUCGCGUCCUCCGGCAUAUCCUUGAAUAUGUUCUUCCCAUGCAAAUCGAGUGCUGGACGAAGCUGAUGGAAGAGCUCGAGUAUCUGCACGAUAUUCAAGCUCAUCUGGCUUUGAGCAGAAUUUAUGAGGCUUCACAUGAAUACUUGAUUGCAGAGGCGAAGAGCGAUAGCCAGGUCAAAAUCAUGGAGACUAAGGAUGAAGAUAAGAAGUUCUAA